UCGCUCUUUCUCUGCGAGUUCUUAAUUUUUGUUGUGUGUGUGCGUGUGUGUGUGUGAGCGACUGUGCGUGCGUGUGUAUGGGAGAGCAUCGGCUCAAAUACACUCGAGGGAAUUUUUUUGAGAUCAGUUCAGCGCACGGAGCAGCGGCGAGUUGAGCCUCCCACGAAACAGUUCGACGGCUCAGUACGGCUCGCCCGAUGUGCAUUCUCUCAAGCGUUAUGUUGGACAAGUGAUGUGUGAACGAGUGAACGAGCGCAGCAAUAAAGCCCAAUUAUAUAUAUGCAUAUAUAUAUAAACAAUCAAUCAAUCCAUCAAUCUAGCCAUUCAACAAUUGGUUAAACAAGUUAAUGCAUUAAAAAAAAAAAAAAAAAUAAAUAAAUAAAAACAACUUCAAAAACAAAAAACUGCCAGAAACCAGACGAAACGCGGAGCUAGCGACAGUCGAUCAAUCAAGCGAUCAGAGGACAAAGGAUUCAUCAAGCUGCCAACCAAUCGAUUUAUCGAUCCAUCAAGCAAACACAAAACUAAAGCAACUAUUUUUCUGCCACAUUCGAUCAAUCAGUAAAUCGAUAUAACGACAAAGUGCCAAAAUGUUUGAUGUAUUUGGCUCCGUAAAGGGGCUACUGAAAAUCGAUCAAGUUUGCAUCGAUAACAAUGUCUUUCGCAUGCAUUACAAGGCGACGGUGAUCAUAUUGAUUGCCUUCUCGCUGCUCGUUACAUCUCGCCAAUAUAUCGGAGAUCCCAUCGAUUGCAUCGUCGAUGAGAUACCGCUCGGUGUGAUGGACACCUAUUGCUGGAUCUAUUCAACGUUCACGGUGCCCGAGCGUCUGACAGGUGUCGUUGGCCAUGAUGUCGCCUCGCCCGGCGUCGGUUCCCAUGUCGAUGGCGAGGACAAAGUUAGAUAUCACAAAUACUAUCAGUGGGUCUGCUUUGUGCUCUUCUUCCAAGCGAUCUUGUUCUAUGUGCCGCGUUACCUCUGGAAGUCGUGGGAGGGCGGCCGACUGAAGAUGCUGGUGAUGGACCUCAAUAGCCCCAUUGUGAAUGAUCAGUGUAAAAACGAUCGCAAGAAGAUAUUGGUCGACUACUUCAUUGGCAAUCUGAAUCGUCACAAUUUCUACGCCUUUCGGUUUUUCGUCUGCGAAGCCCUCAAUUUCGUCAACGUCAUUGCGCAGAUCUAUUUCGUAGACUUCUUCCUGGAUGGCGAGUUCAGUACGUAUGGCAGCGAUGUCUUGAAGUUCACGGAAAUGGAGCCCGAUGAUCGUAUCGAUCCGAUGGCGAAGGUCUUUCCAAAGGUCACCAAAUGUACAUUCCACAAAUAUGGUCCAUCCGGUGGAGUUCAGAAGUUCGACGGACUCUGCGUGCUGCCAUUGAACAUUGUGAAUGAGAAGAUCUAUGUGUUCCUCUGGUUCUGGUUCAUUAUUUUGAGCAUCUUGUCGGGCAUCUCGUUGGUCUAUCGUAUUGCCGUUGUUAUGGGACCAAAAUUGAGGCACCUGCUGCUGCGCGCUCGCUCCCGCUUGGCCGAGAGCGAAGAGGUGGAGAAGGUGGCCAACAGGUGCAACAUUGGCGAUUGGUUCUUGCUCUAUCAACUGGGCAAGAAUAUCGAUCCAUUGAUCUACAAGGAGGUGAUCGCUGAUCUAUAUCGUGAAAUGGGCGGCGAUGGUCAAAGUCCACAAAAGCAGCCUUUCGAGGCUUAAGAUCGAUGGAGAUGGAGCGAGAGCGAAAGAGAGAGAGAGAGAGA